GGCCGGCGAGCGCAGACGAGCCAUGACUACCACUAACGGGGCGGUGGAGAACGGGCAGCUGGACAGGAAGCCGCCUGCCCUGCCGCGCCCCGUCCGCAACUUGGAAGUCAAGUUCACCAAGAUAUUUAUCAACAAUGAAUGGCACGGGUCCAAGAGCGGAAAAACGUUUGCUACGUAUAACCCUUCCACUCUGAAAAAGAUAUGUGACGUGGAAGAAGGUGACAAGCCCGACGUGGACAAAGCCGUGGAAGCUGCACAAGCCGCUUUCCAGAGGGGCUCGCCAUGGCGCCGGCUGGAUGCCCUGAGCCGCGGCCGGCUGCUGCACCCGCUGGCGGCAGACCUCGUGAAGAGGGACCGUGCCAUCCUGGCUACACUGGAGACCAUGGACACGGGGAAGCCAUUCCUUCACGCCUUUUUCAUAGACCUGGAGGGCUGCAUCAGAACCCUCAGAUACUUCGCGGGCUGGGCAGACAAAAUCCAGGGCAGGACCAUCCCCACAGAUGACGAUGUCGUGUGCUUCACCAGGCACGAGCCCGUCGGGGUGUGUGGGGCCAUCACUCCCUGGAACUUCCCCUUGCUGAUGCUGCUGUGGAAGCUCGCGCCGGCCCUGUGCUGCGGGAACACCGUGGUCCUGAAGCCCGCGGAGCAGACGCCCCUCACCGCGCUCUAUCUUGGCUCUCUGAUUAAAGAGGUCGGCUUCCCUCCUGGCGUGGUGAACAUCGUGCCGGGAUUCGGGCCCACGGCGGGAGCGGCAAUUUCUUCUCACCCCCAGAUCAACAAGAUCGCCUUCACCGGGUCCACAGAGGUCGGAAAGCUGGUUAAAGAAGCCGCCUCCCGAAGCAACCUGAAGAGGGUGACGCUGGAGCUGGGAGGGAAGAACCCCUGCAUCGUUUGUGCAGACGCCGACUGUGAGUUCCCUUCCUUCCAGGCUUUGCUGGGGCUCUAGACCACCCUGUUCUUCAACCAAGGCCAGUGCUGCACAGCCGCGUCCAGGGUAUUCGUGGAGGAGCCGGUCUACGCCGAGUUCGUCAGGCGCAGCGUGGAGUACGCCAGGAAGCGGCCCGUGGGAGACCCCUUCGACGGCCGGACGGAGCAGGGCCCCCAGAUUGAUCAAAAGCAGUUCAAUAAGAUCCUCGACCUGAUCGAGAGUGGGAAAAAGGAAGGGGCCAAACUGGAGUGUGGAGGCUCAGCCAUGGAAGACAGGGGGCUUUUCAUCCAACCCACGGUCUUCUCGGAAGUUACCGACAGCAUGCGGAUUGCCAAAGAGGAGAUUUUCGGGCCAGUACAGCCAAUACUGAAGUUCAAAACGAUCGAAGAAGUGAUCCGAAGAGCUAACAGCACAGACUACGGACUCACGGCGGCCGUGUUCACCAAAAACCUCGACAAAGCCCUGAAGUUGGCUUCUUCUUUAGAGGCGGGCACGGUUUGGAUCAACUGCUACAACGCCAUAUACGCCCAGGCUCCCUUUGGUGGCUUUAAAAUGUCGGGGAACGGCAGAGAACUAGGUGAAUAUGCUCUGGCCGAAUACACAGAAGUCAAAACGGUCACCAUCAAACUAGAGGACAAGAACCCCUGAAGAAAAGGCGGGCUCCUUCCUCCAAAUCUGGACAGCAGAAUGUGGCCCGAUGGAACUUGCCAGCGAGAAAAAUCAACCCUUUUGACCUUCCUGGGACACCUUCUUCGGGAGACUUUAGCCAUACUGGAGCCGAUCGAUUUGAUUUUCUGCCCGCGCUCACGUUCUAUUGACCAACGGUGGACGCCAUGGGUUGUGUGCGAUACCACAGUUCUGCCUGCAGGGGGCGCUCUCGGCCCUUCUUGUUUUUCAUUUCCGAUCAGGGUCUGCGAGUCAGUGAAGAUCCCCCGGGUGUGUGUGUCGUUAACAGGAAGUGGGGUUCCAAGUAUCUGGCAACUGCUUAACAUGCUUUGCUGAAUCCGAGGCCAAUAAGCAUUUGGGAAAAAAAAAACGAAACCAAAAAAAGCUCCAUGCGUGUUCUCCAAGCAGAACCCCACCCCUGUGGUCUUUGGGGGGUUAGGGCCUAGGGGACAAACGCCCCCUCUUUCCAAGGUAGGGUUGGAACCCCAUGGUAGGAAAGGUUUAGCAGGAUAUUUAAAAGCUUAAAAAAAAAAAAAAAGAAAGAAAGAAAGGCUUUCAAAGAUCUGUUGUGGGG